GGACCGCCACGCGUACAUGGUGGACAACCCGCUGGGCGAGAACGUGUUCUCCUUCGUGUCGAGCGACGCGCACACGCGCCAGCGCGUGGGCGUGCGCAACGCCCUCGACGCCUGGUACGCCGAGGGCCGCCUCUUCGACUACGGCAACGAGCCCCUCGACACCAAGGCGCGGAACUUCACGCAGAUGAUGUGGCGCAGCACGCGCCUGCUGGGGCUGGCGGUGGCGCGCGGCCGCGGCGGCCGCGUCAUCGUCGUCGCCAACUACUACCCACGCGGCAACAUCGUGGGGCAGUACCGCGACAACGUGCCGCCGCCCUUCGCCGACCCGGCCGCCGCCGCCGCCACCGCCGCCGUCUCCGCCGCCGUCUCCGCCGCCACGGACGCCGCCGCCGACGACGACGAUGAGGACGACGACGACAGCAGCUACACUUGACGCGCGGGCGGUGGAGACGG